CUGUUUCCCUGCGACACACAACAACCGUCCAGAUGCGGCGUUUUCUCCUCGACUAGUGAAGCUUUCUCGUCUCGGUCUUCCUGGAUGUCUGACAAGCGGCAGCGGGCCCGGGUCCAGGGCUCGUGGGCCCGGCAGCCCCCCCGGCCCCCCCGGGCCCCGGCUCCAGCAGAUACAGCCGGCCCCGCCGGGCCCUCCGGGUCGUCCUGGGGCUCCUGCAGCCAGACGGGACCCCGGACCUUCCAGUUCCACCAGCCUGCAGAGCCGGUCAGAGCCGUCCCCCCGGAGAAGCUGAUCCAACAGGAGGGCGACUACGAGAUCAGCCACGGCCCGUCAGGAGUUUCACGGCUGCGUCUCCGACCCGGGUUCGUCCCCACAGACGAGGCUGACGGGAUGUUCAGCCGACUGUUGGAGGAGCUGCCCUGGUCCCGGAAGACCGGCUACCGGCAAGGUGAGGCGUACCAGGAGCCCCGGCUGACCUGCUGGUUCGGGGAGCUGCCGUACACGUACGCCGGGUCCACGCUGGCGGCCAACGCCCAGUGGCACCCGGUCCUGGUCUCCCUGCUCCAGGCGGUCCAGCGGUUCAGCGGCUGCACCUUCAACUCCCUGCUCUGCAACCUGUACCGGGACGGACACGACAGCAUCGGCUGGCACAGCGACGACGAGGCCUCGCUGGGGCCCCGGCCCACCAUCGCCUCCCUCAGCCUGGGGGACACCCGGGUCUUCGGGCUCCGCAAGCAGCCGCCCCCGGAGGACGGGGACGACUACACCUACGUGGACCGGAUCCGGGUCCCGCUGGUCCACGGGACCCUGCUGCUGAUGGAGGGGGCCACGCAGGAUGACUGGCAGCACCGGGUCGCCAAGGAGUACCACGACCGAGGCCCGCGGGUCAACCUGACCUUCAGAACCAUCCACCCAGAACCGGAGGGGCUCCGGCCCGGUACCAAGCUGCGCUUCACCGCGGGCCGGACCUAGACCCCUCGGUACCAGAACCAGGUCCAGACCUGGACCUGGUUCUGGUCCAGUUCACAGAACCGGUUCUUCACGUGUGACGAAUAAAGUGAUUUAUAUUUUUGUUAAACUUUAAUUUAAACUUCAAACUUCAGGCGGGACGUGUUUAUUGGUGUCUGAACCGGGCCUGGGCCGGUACCGGGCCAGUACCGGGCCCGCCCUGGAACUGGACCUUCCUCCUGCUCUCUGGACUCGGUUCUGCCCGGAUUUGGACUUUUGGACUUUGAUUGAUGGUUCUGUAAAAGUUGAAUAAAGGUGUUUCUACUGACCCGUCUCUGUCCCGGU